AUGACGGACACCAAGGACGCUUCGAAAGACGGCCACGGCCGCACUGCCUGCUCUGAGUGCCAGCGCCGCAAGCAGAAAUGCAAUCGUGAAUGGCCCUGUAAUCAUUGCCAAAAGCGAAAGGUGGCCGACAAAUGCCACUUCAAGGAGCUCAACCCCAACGCCGUGGAUAAGUCGGCCGGUGAGCCUUCCAAGAAACGGGGGCGAGAACCUGAUUCCAGCCAUGCCGACGAGCUGGGUGACAUUCCCAACGAGGACGACGAUGACAACGACGAUUUGGGCCUGGAGGCUCUGGGCUAUUCAUCCAGCAAUAUAUUCACUGACAUGAGAAACGCCGCUGGGCCCAAGAUGAGACCCCCAGAGAAGCAGGAUUUCGCACUUCCCAGUGCCUGCCCGCAGUUGCAGCACGCCUUGGAUGCACUCCCUCCUCGGCCAUAUCUGGAUCAACUUGUUGAUAACUUUCUGUCGCACGUCAACUUCCAUUACUUCAUCAUCUAUCCCCCCUCCUUCCGCGACGAAUAUCGGGACUGGUGGACUGCCAGAGCCGAAUCCCAACCCCUCGGGCUACAAUGGACUUGUCUUUUGCUCAUGGUAUGUGCCUGCUCCGCACAAUACUGCUCUGUCGAGCUGGAGGGCAGGCUUCAGAGAGACUUUCUCCAGAAUUGUCAGACGCUCGGCGAGAAGUAUCACGGCGCCGGCCGUCAGCUGUACAGUGUCAUCCCCGUUGGCCACAGUCACUUCUACUCUGUACAGCAGCUCUUGCAUUCGUGCUAUUGGUUCAAGUCUGAGGCACAGUUUCCCGAAUCCUGGCAUAUCCUCAACUCUGCCGUCAGGGCGGCUCAAGACUUGGGAAUACAUCAAGAAACCGAAAAUGACGGGCUUAGCAUGCUAGAGAAGGAAAUGCGUAGGCGCGUAUGGUGCGUCCUUGAUACUUGGGACUGGCAAAUAUCUGCCCUUUUAGCGAGACCCAUCAUUAUCGAUCGCGCCGACUGCAACGUCGAGUUCCCAAGUCUGACGAUAGAGGGCUACUCCCCCUCCCCUUCCCUGCAUAUGACUAUGCAAUCCCAGUUGAUAAAACAGCUGGCUACUAGGUUUGGGCUUCCGAAGAAUGUUCAAUCCGAAGACGAGGUUCGCGAAUACCAGACCAUAUUGGAGCAAUGGAUCAGCACGUUCCCGCAGACGUAUGACGUUAAUCGACCGGACAAGAGCCAGGACCAAACACACCCCUGGAUUGUACUUCACCGGCACUACCUUCAUACCAUGGCACACUCCAUGCUUCUGGACCCGAUCCGAGCCUACCUGGCAAAGGUGGUGAACAAAGACACCUCGGAGAAGUAUUUACAAAUUCGUCGCGAUGGUGUGCGCUAUGCGUUGAGGUUGAUGGAUGCCUUGUACGGAUUUUUUGACCACGUGUGGCCCCGUGAUGCCAAGUUCCAUUUCGUGCUGUUCUGCAUUUUCGAUACCGCAACUGUACACGGCAGUGUCAUCUUACAUGACGAAGACAAGACAGUUGAGAGGCGGGACGAGAUGUUGGUCGCCAUCGAACGAGCGAUCGACAUGAUAGAUCGGUUGAAGGAGAAGAUCCUGCCGGCUAAGACAUAUCUCUUCGUUCUGAAGAAGAUGCAGAGAAAGGUUCUAAAGAAGCUGGGCAUUUUCCCCAGGAUCACGAACAAGAAGCAGAGGCUGGAACAAUCCUCAUUAUCGUCCCUGCCUGGGCCGGCUCCUGGAGCCACGUUGACCUAUUCGAGCGAAGCUGCACCGGCCAGCACCAGUAGGCCGAGCACGAACUCGAAGUCUCACCUUGACUCCCACGGUGGCUCUACGAACACCGUGGAGUCGGGUGGCCACCUGACUGGACCCCCGAUGCCAGCUGCGCCAGAAACAGUCAUACCUGAGCCGACCGCCUAUCCUGCCAGCGGGCCAUUCGAUCUGCCUCUUUUCUCGGACAACAACUGGCCCCCUGAGACGGGCAUGUACUUCGACUCUACGGAUAUGCAGGACCAGUUCUUACCCGACGAGCAGCCGACCUUGGACGCAUUGUCUUUGGAUCCAUCGACGGGUCCGUCGAUGGGACCUGACAUGGGCUUCACCGCGAUAGCGGCAGAGGAGCUGGGAGAACUUGCCAAUCUAUGGAGAUGGCAGGGUCUUGAUCUUGGAUUCAUUGAGCAGAACCCGGCGCAGCCUGGUCCGCCACCUCCGGGUCCUCCAACUGAAGAAACGGAGUGA